AUGCAUCUCCCGCUCAUCCUGGCAACCGCCUCCCUCGCAGCCGCACUCCCCAACUACGCCACACCCGUCAACACUAGAUCCACAGCAAGCAAGAGGAUCGUCGCCGCCCUCGCAGGCACAUACUCGCUCGUGAACACCAGCAGCACGCUAAACGGCAUCUCCAUCCCCGAUGAGCCCUAUGGCGCCCACCCCGUCGGCAUCCUAACCUACAGCGCUUCGGGCUAUGUAAGCGCCACCAUCACGGCGACUGAGCCCGAAUAUCGCCCCGCGCUCACUUUCCCCUACCAACCCGACGACACAGACCACGACUGGGCGCAGAUUGGCAAGCACAGCAUCGCGUACGCAGGGCCGUUCCACAUCAACGAAGCACUACCUGCAAGUAGGACGGACGGCCAGUUGUUCCAUGGGCCGCUGGUUGUGGCGAAUGUGCCGACGUGGGUGGGUGUUGAGCAUAAACGAAAUUACACUGUUGUGAAGGAGGGGAGCGAAACGUAUUUGCGGAUUGGGAGUGAACGGGGUGGAGGUUAUAGGGGUGUGCUGUGGUGGAAGAGGCUUGAUUGA